AGCCGGCGAGCGUUUGGCUCCUUCGAUGAUUUCUCUUUGUUCGUAUUACUACCUCCUCAUUUACGUCGUCAUCGUCGUCAUCAUUCUAAUUAUUCUAAUCGUCAUAAUCGCAAUACUCGUCAUAUUCUUCCUUUUGUUAUUCCUUAUAUCUUCUUUUUCUUCUUCCUUUAUCUCUUCUUCUUCUUCUUCUUCUUCUUCUUUUUUUCCUCGUCUUCCUUCUCCUCCACCAUCUUCUUAUCCACCCUUAAUACCUUCUUCCUCUUCCUCAUAUCUUUCUUCUUCCUUUUUUUCAUCCUUUACUUCCUCCAUUCACUUUUCUUCUUUUCCCAUUUAUUAUCCUUUCGUUUAUUCGAAAUCGCACGCCUGAAGAAAAACGUAUGCGAGUCCGCGUGUGAUCAAAUUAUUUCUAACUGAAUUGUGUAUACAUUUAUUAUUAUUAUUAUUAUUAUUAUUAUUAUUAUUAUUAUUAUUAUUAUUUCGUUUUCUUUUCUUUCGUUUGAUUAUUAUUACUUCCUUUUUUUUUUUUUUUUUUUUUAAUUUGUUUACUUCCAAACGAUAUAAAACUUUACCAAGACGAAAUAUAUGAAGUUCAUUGGUUUCGAUGUCGGAAAUUCUUAUAUAACCAGAUAUUAACGACGAACAUUCAUCAUUGGAUUCAGUGAUUAAAGAAGGAGAAAAUAUACGUGGGAUACGUUAUAAAGCAUUAACUCGGAGACUUCAAUGAGCGGUAGCAGAAUGUCGCGAUGCAUGGAACAUCCUGGCCGUCGAUGUUUCUCGAGCACGUCGAGCUGACAACAUUCAGCGCCACGAUCUCGACGCGAGAUCGAAAGCCUGAUGUGCGAAUGGGAAGUAAGAAGGAAGGGGAAUACAUUUAGGACGUAUCUAUCAAUCAUCGAUAACAUUGGAUACAAGAAAAAUAAUAUACUUCAUCAUCGUGGAAGAAAAUAUUUGGAUAAUCAUUUUGGUUUUACUUAUUAUAUUUCUUGGUUUUUGGUUAAUUUGUUUCCUCAUUUUUUCUUACGUAUUUACAUGUUGACAUGUAGUGAUCAUCGUUAUCUACGAACGAUCUUGACCUCAUAUUGAAUCGGAUUAAUAUUUUAGUAUAUACGUUUAUUUAUUUACAUUUCUUUUUCUUCCUUUCUCCUCAUAUUGUUUCUCUUACUCUUAAUGAAUACAUUCACGUGUCCAUUAUCUAAGAUCGUUCGUUCAGUUAUGUGAGUGUUAACGUUCACGUGAUAAAGAACAUAACCGAAGGUGGAAGGACGAAUCUCUUCUAACGUCCGUUUGUGUAUACGAUUAUAUAUAUAUAUAUAUAUAUAUAUAUAUAUAUAUAUAUACAUAUAUAUAUAUACAUAUAUUACGUUAUUUAACACGACCUACGUGGGAAAUUAUUUCAAACGUCAAUAAUAAAACGCAGCAUGGAGGAUAUGAGCGUUACAACUGCCGCCAGUACAACAACUACUAGUACAAAUACGGUUAGUCCUAGCGUGAAUGACAUGGAUUGGUUCGCCGGCGUUGCGGAAGAGGAAUUGCUCUAUUACACUGGCGUCGGCAACGACGUAGACUCGUUAUGGGCCGUCAUAGGGAGUUUCGUGCCGCCACCACCAAGGCCACCUUAUCUUCCAGAGGAGGGUAUCGCCACCGAUGGACUUACCACCUGUGAUCUGUGCUCCUGGGCGUGGAGAAACGACAGGCAUUCAUUCUCCUUAGACGGAACUCUUGAAGCUACCGGAGAACUAGGAUGGGUUUUAACAUUAGUGAUAGUAUCCUUAGUAUCAGCAGGCAUUGGCGCGGUCGUUAUGGUAACGCUUUUACAUUGUCGCAGAAUAAAAAGCACAAAUGGCAGAGCGAACUGUUGCGGUGUUGGUGUAGAAGAUCCUAACUCUCAGGAAGCUGGCUCAAAUGGUGGAGGGGGUGGGAAUGGUGGUGGGAUAGCCGUUAUACCGGAUCGAGCUUCUCUAGAACUUGACAAGCUACCCCCUUAUCAGGACAUUGCUCCUAGUCCCGGACACAAUGUCUGGUCAUGGCUUGGUUCAAGACGAGGUGGUGGUACAACGGGUGUCGUCACCACGCCCUUGUCUCUUCCUCAACAUAGGAGAGCAAUGAACUUACCGGUUGAGAAUCAUUAUACCCAUAUGCAAACGGACGAGGCACUAUACGCCGAACUUGACUCUCAGGCGGCGAGCUACGCGAGCGAUCUUCAGUUGCAAAUGAGAGGAAGUUCGACGUACGGCACAACUUCCGCCGGUCAAGACGACGAGUAUCACGAACUCGACGCGACGAGAUUGCAUCGCCAUUAUGGAACUGGAAGCGGAGAUGAAACUUUGCAAAGGGAGACCCUUAGAACGCGACAUAGCAAAAGGCUACAAGAACCCGAUUACGAGAUGUAUGAAAAUGGACCAUCAACACCGGUACCACCGAAUCAGUUACAACAUCAUCAUCACCAUCACCACCAUCACAACAAUCACCAUCACCAUCAUCAAGACUUAAGAAUGGCCAAUAGAAAUGGCGAACGUCCGUCGUACCAAAAUACGGCAUAUACCGGAAGUGAUGCCGAACCGGAUGGGCCAACAUUGAGUAGCGCCCCGAGUAGCGCCUAUUACAGUGAUUUAAGCUCGAAUUCAACAAAUCAACAGAUGCCGUCGACUGUAUCGUCAUCCGCACCUACAACGACUCAAACGAAUCUCCAUCUUAAUCCGCAAAACUUGGAAACGCCGCAGUAUAGAUUGGCGGCGAUAAACGAGAGUACGGUGCCCUCGGAUUAUAUUUAAAAAAAGAAAAAAGAAAAAAGGAUGGCAAAGAAGAUUCUUCGAAAAUUACAAAGUGUUUUCAUGGAUUAUAUUGUAUUAUAAUAUCAUAGCAUAUAGUUACUCUUACUUUCUAGUGAUUUUGUUUUAAAUGAAAUUAAUCUUCGCACAAGUGAUCGCGAAACGUGAAAAUCCUUUCUAUUUACGACAUGAUAUAUUUUUGUAUUCCGAACAAUCAUCAACGUCUUUUCGACUUGUAAUAUGAAGUUGGAUAUAUUUUUUUUCCAUCAAAGAAAAGAGAUAUGGACUUUUGCGAAGCGCAUCGCUUAGGAUAGAAAAAAAAGAAAGAGAGUGAGGGGGGUGGGGUGAAAAAUCGGUUCUGGUUAUAAUUGAUUACCUCCGCAAUGUUCACUUUUGAUUCUAAUCGUAUUUUAUAUCGCAUUAAGAACAAUAAAGUUCUAUGUCUUGGCCUAUCGUUUCGAGAUCGCAUCACUGAUCGAUUUGACGCGGUUCGUGUGUUUCCCACUUAUGCGGUCUAGGAGAAGAUUAAAGAAAAAGAUAAAGUUAUUUAUUUGAUAGCCAUGCGGUCGCGCGGUGUUCGAUGAUUCGAAAACAAUUCGGAUAAGACUGGGAAAAAAAAAACAGUACGACAUUUUUUACGGAGGAACGAAGGAAAAAAAUAUUUCUUUUUUUUUUUUUCUUUUUUUUCCCGAGAGUGUUAGCUCUUCCCAAUAAUUUCAAAUCUUUCACGUCAGUCUAUUUAAAUAUAACGAAUUAUUCAAAUAACGUUCGAAAAUAUUUCGAAUGAUACUAUUUAUAAUCAAACGUCACGUUUACAAUUUUAGCAAAAUUUUGAAAAGAAAAUCGUAUAAAAAUCUUAAAAUCGGAAAAAAGAAACUCGGGCGAAAAUGAAAUGUGAAUUAAAACAAAAAUGAAAGAAAAAAAAGAAAACAAGAAAAAAAAAAAGGAAAACCGAUGACGAAGAAAAAGAAAAAAAUUACGUAAAAGCGAGAAUUUCAAAACUCGAACAAUACGGAGGAUGGGGUACACAAAACGAACGGAAUGAAGUCGUCGUUGCCAAGAACAGGUAUUUCGUAAUUUGACGUUCGGAGAAGCUUCCAGUGAAUGCCCUUGAGCUACGUCCGCAUCGCUUUUGCGUUUAAACGGGCCGCCGCCGACACACGCAGGCUCCCUUCUCAACACGUAUCCGCGCAUACAUACAUAUGUACGUAUACCUAUCUAUCUAUAUAAUACAACUAUGUAUAUAUAUAUAUAUAUAUAUAUAUAUACCUUCGUGUCAGCUCUUUAUCUGUAUGCAAAUGGUCUCGUUUUCGCUUGUACGUCUAUACAUAUAUCCUACGUAUAUACAAAUACAUGCAUACAUAUGUAGGUAUGUACGUGCAUACAUAUAUACAUAUACAUAGAUACACUUUGUCGAAUUACGUCAUCAAAUUGCGAAAUUGCAUACUUCCACGAAAGUGCAAAUAACUUCUUCGCGGGCGAGUUUAACAUUAGCAUGAUACUUUCUUUGAGGUUACUUCGUCACGAAGAAAGAUAAAAAGAAAACAAGAAAGGGAGAAACAGAGAGAGUGGGAGAGAAGGAGGAGAAAGAGAGGGAGGAGAGAGAGAGAGAGAGAGAGAGAGAAAGAACGAUUAUUUACUUUUCGUUCGUCAACGCGAUCACAUAGAGAUAAACGAACGACGAUAUCGACCGUUUAAAUUAAGGUAUAAUAUACCUAUAAGAUCAUACUAACCGAUUAGUUCAUCGAUCUUUAAAUCAAGCUACCUUUUAGAAACAUGCGAUAACGAUUCGAUCGUUUGUCUUCAACUCGUUCGAUCGACUAGUGGACUAAUUAAUUCCACCGCGGCGGAUACGUCGAAGAGUCAUUUAAUCGUCGCUCUUCCUGCCCUCCUCUCUCACUUUCUCUCUCCCUCUCUCUCACUCUCUUUCUCUCUCUCUCUCUUUCUCUCUUUCUCUUCCUCUUUCUCUUUCUCUCACCCCUCUCAACUCAUUUCCGUUCACGUUAAUUACGCGCUCCGGUAGACCCGAUUGUUUUUGUUCGACACGCGAUGCUGUUACCGCAAGAAGAAAUUGUCGAUUUGCCUCGUUUUCUGUCUCUUUCUUUUCAACCGAUAUACAUUGCCCCGAGAAUAAAAAAGAAAAAGAAAGAGGUAGAAUUUUUCUACUCUUUGCAGUAGAUACGAGAGUGAGGGAGAGAGAAAGAAAGAGAAAUAGAAAAUUUGUUACCAGAUAUACUGGAUACUAUACACGUUCAUUAUUGUUAUUAGUGGUAACGAGAACAUCGAUUUACGAGAGGAAAUAUGUUUCGUAAUUAUAAUUUAUUUCUCGUAGCUUAUAGGAUGCUUUUAUUGCCAUAAAAAUUUUCACUCGAUAUUUCUUAUUAAAUCGUAUCGAAUUAACGUGAUAUCAUUUUAACGUAGAUAGGUACGAAUGAUAUUUCGCAAUAAUAUUAGCAUUAACAAAAUUAUAAUUUUUCGAUGAAAUUCUAUUGUAAUAUUAUUUAUAUUGUAUAUCGUCGUAUUCGUUGUAUCGUUAUCAAUUCAUCGAUAUGAUAUUAUUCGCGUAUAAUACAACGAACAACUUGAAAUGGUAUUAAAUGUAAUAUUAACGAUAUAAACGAAUGAAAAUGUAUUUUUAUGUAUUUGUGAAUAAUUAUAUUUCGAAGGGUCCCUAGAAUAUCUCGGCACGUACCUGUGAACGGGUCGUGCGUUAAAAGUCAAAAGGAGUUUCUCACAUGUAUAUCAAAAACACAUACACAUGUGCGAGAGAGAAGAGAUACACUAAUACAAGAGGAUGCAACAAUGCGGUACCUUGAGGGCACGCAAUAAUUAAUUGCGCCCUUGCGGUUACAAUGGCGGGCGUGCGGGUAGAAAAAGAGAAGUUGUAAUUGUAGUAGUAGUGGUAGUAGUAGUAAUAGUAAUAGUAGUAAUAAUAGUAGUAGUAGUAAUAGUGGGAAGAAGAGGAGAAGGGUGUGAGAGAGAGAGAGAGAGAGAGAGAGAGACAGAAAGUCAGUGCCCCGUCGCAUUAUUUUGCGAAAAAAGAAAUAAAAAGAACAAAAAUUCAACGAAGUCGCACCCCGAAGGCCGCGCCAUCUUAACGGUGGCAGUAACUUUAAGCGUUAUCAUGGACGUGUUACACACAAAUGAGAACGUAUUAUGGAAUUCGCUUGCGACCGUGUUUAAUUAAGGUCCACCUAACAGUGAAAGAGAAAGAGAAAGAGAAAAAGAGAGAGAGAGAGAGAGAGAGAGA